AUUUUCUUCGCUUUUGUAAAUCAACCGCCACAUCCAACCGUUGAUGGUCAUCCCGUUAGCCAAGCCAGCCUUAUUGAUAGCCUAUCUUACGAGGCGUUUGUCAUUAAAGACGGAUUUGUGAGGGAUUCUUUGGUUUAAUAAAUCGCAGGUUUAAACUAAGCUGUAAACCCUUAGCUUUUUGCACAACAGUUGUAAAUUACCUCGUUAUCAAAAGAAUGAUGAUAUGAUUCGAGAUAAGUUCACGGCCAAUGAGGUAAACCAGGCUUGAAUAUUCUCCUCCAGCCAAGCGCAGUCGUCUGCGGGUAGCCCUAGAAACGCCAAGUGUUUGCGGUUAACCUGCGUGAAUAAAGCUUGUGGAACAUUCGUACAGGCCACGUUCAAACUGUCCAGAAUAGUUUAAAACUGUUCAUCUGGGGCUGCACACGCGAGUUGAUAUGUGUUCGACCCCUUCGUUGUUUUGAAAGCGAUCUUAAGAUCCUCCUCGGUUUGAGAGCAGCCGACCACAAUGGCGAUGGGCGAGCAAAAGUGGAUGGAAUGCCAUGUAUGUCCAUGCCUAUAUGAAGCGAUAUUAAUAGGGGGCUAGCCAAUGCUGAGUGGCCAAUAUAAGUCCUCCAUACGACCGGGGGGGGGGGGGGGGGGGGGUUGAAAUUGUCCAUACAGCCUAAAAGAGUCCUUCCCUGGCGGGUUGCAAGGUUCUGGUUGGUGUUGAUAGUGGAAGUAGGCGAUAUUUUGACUCCCAAAGCACAAGACAGCCAUACAAGCAGAGUCAUGAACCGAUUGAUGCCUCAUCUGGACUCUGUAGACAACCGUUAGACUCAUAGCGACACAGAGGAAGACGAAAUAAUAUGACCUUGGAUAGGACUGCUUCCAUGCCUAUUCCCGUUCAAGCUACAGGCUAGGCAAACUUAGUAGUUAUUCGCGGGAGCCACGCGAUUCGAUGCCUAUCACUUAUAGGCGCUAGACAGUCUAAGCACAGUACAAAAGGGUUUACAUACCAUACCUAAAUGCGGCGUAAGGGAACGAACUGGCCUCUGUGCGCAGAUAACGCAUUGGUGGCUGUCGGUUUCUCGUGGCGGCGUCUUCCCACGCUUUGCCUAAGGCAGGCUUGGAUGGGGGCUGGUAGCCACCCGCUAGGGAACUUGCGCCUGGGGGCAGGUACCAGCAAGUGCCUCCUCCACAGAAAUCCGCGGGCCAGGUACCUCCUCCCCUGUAACCCCCGUCCCACUGCGGCUCUCUCCUCUCUCCUCUCUCCUCCCCCCCCAAUCUCCUCUCCUCUCUCUUCCACUCUCCCCGUGUCUGUCUCGCUCCUCUCCCUCCCUCCUCCGUCGCUCCGCUUCCUCUCUGUCUUGACAUCUGUCUUGACAUUUGUCUCUCCUUUGUCUCGUCUCUCCUUUCACCCUCCUGUGCCGCCUACCUGCUGCUAUCUAUCUGUCUCUCGCUGUAGUCCCCCUUCUUGGUUGUCAGCCUAGGUUAAUCCGCUCCCGGUCACUCCUUGUGUCCCUCCGGACAACUCUCCCACCCCGUAUUCACCCACCCUAAAUCAGCCCUUUGCCGUCCCCGCCGUUGCAGGUCUGAAUACGAUCCCUACUACGGCUUUGUUCUCUGGCGAAUUGGGCUUGGUAUUCUGUGUCCCGUCCACUACCCCGAUUUAUAGCAUUGCCCAGUCUCCGGUAUCCUGAAAUAUCCAACGAUCCCUACUUCUCCCUUCCCGCAUCGUGUUCAAUCGAGCCCCAACCCUUUUUUACAAUCAGGUGGAAAGCAAACUGCUAGAGACCCUCUCGCGGGCUAGACGAUCAAGGUCUGCCGCACUGCGGCGGCCGUGAGUGACGGGUUGGGUCGCAUUGUUGUCGUGUGCUCUCUGUCGAUAUGGCGCCCUUCUUUGGCAAGUUAAGAGGCAAUGCGGGAGCUGGUACUCCAGCCUCUCCGGCCACUCCGGUCAAGAAGGACAUCCUUCCUCUACCUAUGACGCCGCUUGAGAAGAUGUUGCAAGACGCAGGCCCGUUGCGGAAUGACGGCAGUGAUAAAUUUUUCGGAAUGGAAAACGCUCAGUAUGGAAAUACAUGUUACUGCAAUUCGAUCCUCCAAUGUCUUUACUAUUCAGUGCCCUUUCGAGAAUCCGUUAUAAACUACCCUAGACGCUCCCCCAUAGAAAGCCUCAACGAAUGCCUCGCAAAAAAUUUACGUUACCCAGACCCAAAUGCGCCAAUGGAGGAUAAACAGGAAGCUAAACAAAAAGCGGCUGCUAACUCUUCGGCCAAGGGUGGAGCAACUCCUCCGGCGCAACAACCGCCAAAGCCAGAGGAUAAAGACUCUCCAGAAUAUAAGAAAAAAGUUGCGAUGCACAGGCUUCCAAUUCUAGAAACAACAGAUAAUGCCACAAGCUAUGGGAUGCAAGAAUCACUUUUUACAUCACUGAAAGAUAUUUUCGAAGCUAUAGUUGCUAGUCAAGAGAGGAUGGGUGUCAUUCGGCCUUACACCUUUCUCGAAGUUUUGCGACGAGAGCAUGAAAUGUUUAGAACAGCGAUGCAUCAGGACGCACAUGAAUUCCUUAAUUUACUGCUAAACGAAGUGGUAGCUAAUGUGGAAGCAGAAGCCAAACGUUCACCACCUCCAGAGCUGGACCAGCAGUCGGAGAAUGGUGAGAUGUCAGUGAAUACCACAACCACAGGGUCUGUAGCUACGACGCUGGCGACCUCCAACACCUCUAAAUCACCGAAUACCACACGAUGGGUGCAUGAGCUUUUUGAAGGGACUUUGACCUCAGAAACCCAGUGCCUUACAUGUGAGAAUAUAUCGCAGAGAGAUGAAGUUUUUCUAGAUCUAUCUGUCGAUCUUGAUCAGCAUUCGUCAGUAACUUCAUGCUUACGAAAGUUUUCAGAGGAGGAGAUGCUCUGUGAACGGAAUAAAUUCCAUUGCGACAAUUGCGGAGGACUGCAAGAGGCUGAAAAACGAAUGAAGAUUAAACGAUUACCGCGCAUUUUAGCACUUCACCUAAAGCGCUUCAAAUACACCGAGGAUUUACAAAGACUCCAAAAGCUAUUCCAUAGAGUGGUGUACCCGUAUUACCUUCGAUUAUUUAACACUACCGACGAUGCAGAAGACCCGGAUCGUCUCUAUGAGCUUUAUGCUGUCGUUGUCCACAUUGGUGGUGGGCCUUAUCACGGCCACUAUGUUGCCAUCAUCAAAACAGAAGACAGGGGGUGGCUGCUUUUCGACGACGAGAUGGUGGAGCCAGUUGACAAGAAUUACGUCCGCAACUUCUUUGGGGACCGGCCUGGAUUAGCCUGUGCAUACGUGCUCUUCUACCAAGAAACAACUUUCGAAGCGAUGCAAAAAGAGCAGGAAAAAGAAGGCAUGACUCCGGAAAAUCGAGCAUCCGUGGACACCAAGGAUUUAGUUUCCGCCUCGCAAUCCAGAAUGAAUGGCUCCGCUACUGGCUCCGACGAAAUAAAUCGCGUACAUACAGUAAUCCCCGCUACUGACUCCGCAGUAACGUCGCCCCUGAAAAAAAUACCAACUGCACCGCAGCCAUCUGCACAACCCGAGAAUUCGACCUCUGGUUUCGCACCCCUCCCACACCCCCCACAAAUUCCUGUGACGCCCCCCUCGGCCCCCCUUAAUUCUAAAAAGAGUGACGCUGCCUUCAAAAAAGAGCGAGCAAAGGAAGAAAGGGAACGGAAAGCCGCAGAGAAAGAGAAGGAAAAGGCACAGAAACAAAAACGAAAGGAACUAGAGGCUAGAUUGAAGGAAGAAAUUAAGCGGCAAGACGCCGACCUCAAGGCGGCGUUGGAGCUUAGUAAAGCUUCUAAGACUGAGGAGGACCGACGCAUCGCAGCUGCUCGGAACGGUAAAGAGAACGGCCAAUCUGGAGGAUUGGGUGGAGGACUUGGUCGAUUCAAACUGGGCAGUAGGAGCUUGAGCCAAGGUAGAUUAUAUUACAGGGAAAAAGAAAAGGGCGCAAAAUCAUCGACAGACACGCCGCCAGUGCCCGCACUUCCAACGUCCCCGGCCCUCCCAUCGCCCGAUCUAGGUCCUAGAAGUCUAGCUGCGGAAAGUAGCCUAGCUAACAAUUGGCCUUUGAAGGAAGAAGUAUCCUCCCCCGUGCCAACGGACUCCACCACCCGUAACAAAGAUGAUGGCAGCGCAACCCCAAAAAUACGACCAAACGCAUCAAGCUUCUUCAAUAAUAUGAAGAUUCGGCAGCGAGAGGUCCCAAACAACAGCAACCGUACCAGUGACCAUACCAAUACCAAUAACAUCAACGAUCACAGCCAUAGCCACCAUGCUCACACUCACAGCUACGACCACGCUCAAAGUCAAAAUCAGAAUCCAACCUACAAUGGCACCGGCAGCGUCAAUAAAAAUAACGGGAAGCCGCUGCAGUAUGCAACAUCAAAGCGCAGCCGGUUCAGUUUACGAAAGAAAUCGUUCAGCGUGAUAUAAUUCUUUGUAGUCUACAUUACAUCGCUCUGGGCUUGGGCAGGAUAGGAUGCAUUUCACGUCCACGACCCCUCCUUUUAUCUAGCUAGUGAUAUUUCUUAAAGUCGGCUCUGUCCUCACAUUUCUCCGCGCUCCUAAAUCCUUCCUCCUGCCUCUCUCAUGUGCCCUCCCUCAAUUUUUCUUCUUCUGCUUCAGUUUCUUGCAUAUAUGUAUAUGUAUAUGAUCGCAUGCGCCAUCUAACGUCACCUGUCAUUGGAAAAAAAAGAGGGGUAGGAAUUGAACAAGGCGGCCAAAGGAGGGACGUGGCAUUUGUUUUUUAUGUCCUAAUGUCCAGCAUUGUUCCCUUCUACUCCCUUAAAUCUAUUUUUUGCAUAUAGCUUUAAAUCUUCUUUCUUGUCUCCUCUUACUCUUUUUUUUAUUUAUUUUUCUGCCUGGUCUCUGCUGUACAUAAACAUCUAUCAGGUUAGCUAGCUGUCUUUUUUCAUUCCUUUCUGUUCCGUGUAGAACUUGUUUUUGUUUUUUUUUUUUUUUUCCACAUUU